UGACUAGUUCACUGAUCUUGAUAUAUGAAUUCGGUGGAAUUCCCCUUUAACUCCACCACGUACACACCUCUUCCUGUUUUCAGUUGGUUGUGUAUGUGAGUUGACUCAACCCCAGGGUGUUGAUUCCUGUUGUGCUUUGCUCAUACCUCUACAGCCCUACAGCCUCAUUAAUCUCCUACAGAGAACAACGGUCACACCAUCCUCUUAUCUGUGAGACACACGCUCAAACGUAUGACUUCACUUCAAAGAAAAGAAAAUAACUCGAAAAGGAGAAACAGAUGUUUGACUGUCCGUCAAACAUCUGAUCCGAUUAUAUGCCAAAUAAAAGUUGAUGAGCAAACCAUCUGGAAACUGCAACGCUGGCUUUGUGUUCAUACCUCUGACUGGACCGGGGGAAUAUGGAUCUGCUGGUUGUGACAAAUAGACGAAUGGCUGCGGUUGUUCAGGGGAAAUUUAGUGGACUUCAGUGAGACAGGGUGAUGAAAACACAGACUGAUAGAGGACAUAGUGUACGAAGGAUGACAAUGAAUAGGAAAUAUGGACCAUCGGGGCAGUAAAAGAGAGACGCAGAGACAGAAAGGAGCAGAAGCUCUGGCGUACACUCAGCUUGCAGAGGGGAAAUUCCACGCCAGUGUCUGAGUUUCGCAGAAAGAUCUUUUAGAGGCGUUGCUAACGUGUCUCCUAUUGAGCCACAACGACAUCAAUCACCGUGUUUCUUCAUUAUGGGUCAAGGAGAACUCCAGGCGGAGUGACCCGCCGCUUCCAUUGAUCAGCAGUCAGACCGAUUGGUCUGCUAAUCUAAAAGACACACUGUACGUGUUCCAGUAGGGAAAUAGAUCUCCUCCCAUCGCUAACGAGUGACAGUUGGAAAUAGAUGCCGGCAUGCACUUUGCUGUUGUGGCUAACAAUGGCAAAAUAGUACUAUGGCACCCUAUGACUUCGUCACGCCUGGGGUAUACGGUGUGUUUUUAUGUUCACUCUGAGUACACGUUGCACCAGAAUAUUGGCUAAAGGGUUAGCGCUGCAGCUGAUGGGGCUCCACCACAGAUUGUCACCUGGGGUUUAAGGACCCGCUGUGUAAAUUAGAGAUAACUUAUCACCAGCUUUAUAUUAAACAGCUGUGCAACACUGAGAGAGAAGGAAGGGGUGCAACAAGAAGACUGGCGUGACAUUCGUACACAGGAGAAGCAAUGGGAUAUAACUUUUAGUUUUUCUCAGUAUUAAGCAAACAGGGUUCUGGUGUGAGCGUGAGGAAUGUUCUCUCUUUGUCAAUGAAAAGACAUUUCAAAGCUUUUCUUUUCAGAUUGAGGCAGCAUUGUGCACAAAGCAGUUUCUCCUUCAUCACAGUCAAAUGAAGUGAGUCACGGACAACACACGGAAUCAGACGGAGAACUUGGCGUCAGCGCGCAGCUCAAGAUCUGUAAAGAUUCCUGCAGACGCCAAGGCCGCUAUCUCCAUGGCUACCGGAUAUUGCAGCAUCAGGUCCAGAUCAAAUUCUUGGAGGCUCCUUCAGCCUCUCUGGCUUUGCCAUCGAUGCAAAGGUCUCGGUGGCAGACGCCUCGAGUCAACUGCAAUACAGGAAGGCUGGCAGCAGCAGUGGCCUCAAUUUGGUCUCGUUUAGCCUUUUUUUUUUGCUUACCUGCAACCAAACUGCACCGGCUGCAUGUUAUUGAAUAGCCAUUUCCAGAUUAUCCUCACACUUUGUGUUAUUCUGAAUGUACAGCCACUUUACUACCGUAGUGUGUCCUGUUUUAUUUUUUUUAGUGUGUGGGCAAGAGCUGUGGGAGUGUGUGGCUGAGCGUAUAGGUGUGUGAGGGUUUGCUUGCCACAGCAGAAGAGGGGAUCCUGACAGAAGCCAGACUCCCUGUAAAUGUCUGUCCAUAAUUCUUUCCUCCACACGAAUGAAUCCAUUCAUUCUAUCGAGCUGCUGUUUUUCUCCUUACUCAUCAUUACCUCAUUAAAUCCUUUGUUCCUGUCUCAUUCUUUCCUCUCUUGGCAGUAUUUAACAUCACUAUGCCAGCUUUCAUGUCUGAUUCCCUUCCUCAAUCUGCAUGGCAUUUCCUUGCUUCCAUGUUUAUUCUGUUACUCAUGUCCCUUCUUUUCUCUUUCUUUACAUUCUUGCUACGCUCUCCCAACAUUUUUCCUUCCUCCCUCCCUCUCCCCUGUCUCUCCUGCCUCAGUAUUCACUGGAUAAGCAAGGGCAGUGUUGCUGUAACUGAACCAGCACUUCCUGAUGUUGUUUUAGGGGGGCGUGGCCAGCCUUCAGCGAGGAAGAGAGGGAGGGAGAGGGGACUGCAGGAUCUGUGUGUGCCCAGUGCAGUCAGGGCUCCCUCCUCCUCUUCUUCUUCUUCCGCCUCCUCCUCCUCCUCCUCCACCACCACAGCUGUUGCUACUGCCACCCAGCGAGCACCACUUUCCUCGGGCAGCAGACGGACGAUCCAGAGGCUGGUGAGUCAGUAGAGACACAGCCCAGCCCGUCUCAGCGCAGCUCAGUACAGCCACUUCAGGAGGCAGGGGAGGGGAGACACUAGCGCACACAGCCAAUGCUGCAACGUACACACACACACACACACACAGACAAAAUCACACAGGCAAACACUCCUCCUCUCUCUCUCUCUCUCUCCCUCUCGCUCUCUCCCUGUGGUGCUCGGCUCCACACAGCUCCUCUACUCAUUCGCUGCCGAUUCACUCGCUUUGCCUGUUUUCUGCCAGUCGCUCUGCCUUGUUGCGCUCUGCCUGCCUGCCUGAGAAUGGUCCAGCCGGUGCCUGGGGGUCUGCUGUCGCGGCCUGUCUGAACACACGCAUAAACACAGAGUCAAUCGACACGCGGAAGCAAACACACACACACACACACACACAAACUGGAGAGCAAUGUGAGAGGUAAGAGCUUGGUUCAUAACCCUCCUUGUCUCAUUGGUUUAUCUAGAUCUUUCCUUUCCUGUGUGUGCUGCAGUCUUUACUUCCCAAAGUAAGCGCCUGUGCAUUAGAACAUAGGUAGAGAUAUGGGGAUUGUUUGCUUUAGUGUCUGCUGUGUGUCUGUGUGUUCAGUAUGUGGGCCACAGGGUUAACCUCGAUUUGUUACGGCUUGUUUUAUAGAUACAUGCACACACACACACACACAUGCACGUACAAACACAGGCACACAGCAAGGCACAUUCUUGGCUCAAAGCAGACUGUCACACAAUAGCUACUUCCUGAGGGUAGCGCUGGUUAACAGGAGAAUUUUGCUGGUGUGCGUGCGCACGCGUUUGUGUGUGUGUGUGUGUGUGUGUGUGUGUGUUUGGAGGGCCACAGUUGUUCCAGGAAGCAGCGAAGAGGAUCAAUAGAUCGCCCACUCAGCUUUCAUUCCCUCCGUCUGACUCAACGUUGGACAUGUUAGGAGUUAUCCUGCAGGGCUCGGUUAACAAGGAGGAUGGUAGAAUGUGAUUCUCUUGGAUCACUCUUCCCUCCCUUGCUGCGUCAGUGUAAAAGGGGGGAAGCAUGGUUUUGCGUGUGUGUGUGUGUGUGUGUGCGCGCCGUGCAAGGCAAACUCCCGCCCCGCUGCAUGUAAAUUACGUGUGACAUGUGAGGCUGCUGCUACCUUAUAUGGUGAGCGCAGUAUUUCAGUACAGUCGGAUCUUGCCAGGCAUUCCGGGUCGCGGGAGGCGAGAGUGUGUGAGAGGGUGACUCUGUCUGUGGGAGUGUGUACUUUAGUUUGUGUGUGUGUGUGUGUGUGUGUGUGUGUGUGUGUGUAUGUGUGUGUGUGUGUGUGUGUGUGUGUGUGACUAAGUGAGUGUUUUCAUGCGUCUGACAGAGGGGGGAGUAACUGAGAGAGAGGAAGAAAGUUGAAGACAGAAAGAAAGAGGGGGAAGAACGAGAGAGACAGGGUGAAAGAGACCCAGUAAAUAAAGUGAUUUUACUGUCCGAUUUGUUAACUGGAGUGGAAAGGAAGUGCCUUCCCUGAUGUCUGCUGCAGCUUCGACCUGCUUCUACAGCUGAAGCUCCACCCUCCCCCCCCCACCCCGCCGCCUCGCUCGCUUGCUGCCACGGUAACACGAGUACCCACCUCGCAGCCUACGCUCCGACCUGCUCGUCCAUCCUCCGCCAUCACCAUCCACUCCUCGCAGCAGGGGCUCCAGCCUCCGCUCACCAGCUGACCAGCCUUACCACAGCAGCCCCGACACACCACCAGGCCCGCGCAGCAUCUCACCCACCUUGCCUUUUAACCUCCGCCUUCAACCCUCUAAGCCUCCACUCGGUCCUCAGCGUCCGUGACCUUCCUGUAGCAGGCUACACCCAGACUAUCACCUUCGUUGCCUGCUCCACCGCACCGAACCAGAGGGCUCUCGGGUGUGCCUCGUCGGCUUGUGAAUGUUUUAGGUGAGUUCGCUCUGCAGGCAAAAGUCAGGCCCACGAGCGGCAUCGGCACUCCUGGAUACAAACACGCCCGCUGUGGUUGAUUGAUCGUGGGAAAGAUCUCCAAUAACAUUCGUCCUGCAACAUUUCACUCUGGGAAAAGGAGCCCUUUUCAAUCAAUAGUGACUUCAUUUUUGAAAGUUUCAUUUCAACGUCACAGACUUUCACCGCAAAUAAACAAAAAAAGACCUUAUAGCUGUGGAUUAAAAAAACACUAGAGGUACUUUUAUUCACGCUCGAACAGAUUUUCGGCUCGGAAUAACUUAUUGCCGGCGUGUUGCCAUGGCGAUGAACAUGGCACACAUCCGCGACACAAAGUGGCUGACGCUCGAGGUGUGUCGGGAGUUCCAGAGGGGCACGUGCUCACGCUCGGACCAGGAGUGCAAGUUCGCCCACCCGGCCAAGAGCUGUCAGGUGGACAACGGACGGGUCAUCGCUUGCUUCGACUCACUCAAGGGCCGUUGUUCCAGGGAGAACUGCAAGUACCUGCACCCUCCUCCCCACCUAAAGACCCAGCUGGAGAUUAACGGCAGGAACAACUUGAUCCAGCAGAAGAACAUGGUCAUGCUCGCCCAACAGAUGCAUCUCGCCAACGCCAUGAUACCUGGCACGCAGCUACCACCUAUGGUGAGAGGACACACACGUAUGAACACAGCACAGCUGAUGCACACGCCCAUGUUCUCGAUGGCACCAGGCAUGGCCACCAACGCCAGUGCAGCAGCAGCAGCUGCAGCCGCAGCCUUUAAUCCCUACCUGAGUCCCAUGUCACCAGGCCUGAUGCCCCAAGAGAUAAUGCCCAGCACCCCCGUCCUCAUGGCCUCCAGCCCCAACGUCGGCCAAGUCCCCAACUCUGCCGCUGCCGCAGCCCAGAAACUGCUGAGAACAGAUAGACUCGAGGUGUGUCGGGAAUAUCAGAGAGGCAGCUGCUCUCGCGGGGAGACCGACUGUCGCUUCGCCCACCCCUCGGACAGCACCAUGAUCGACACCAACGACAACACCGUCACCGUGUGCAUGGACUACAUCAAGGGUCGAUGCUCUCGGGAAAAGUGCAAGUACUUCCACCCGCCGGCCCAUCUGCAGGCCAAAAUUAAGGCUGCCCAGCACCAGGUGAACCAGGCCACAGCCGCCGCCGCCAUGACUCAGUCGGCUGUCAAAUCACUGAAGCGACCCCUCGACGCAACCUUUGACCUGGGCAUCGCCCCUAGUAUCAUGGCUCCCAUGCCCAAGCGGGUAGCCCUGGAGAAGGCCAACGGGGCCUCUGCCAUGUUUAACACCAGCAUGCUCCAGUACCAACAGGCCCUGGCCAGCAUGCAGUUUCAGCAGCAGGCUGCUUUCCUCCCAUCAGGCUCAAUAUUGUGCAUGACACCUUCAGCCAGCAUUGUUCCCAUGAUGCACGGUGGUAAUCCAGCCAGUGUGUCUGCAGCCAACACAUCUGCCACAAACCCCUUCGCAACUGCCACCAAUCAGGACUCUUCCUUAUCAAAGUUGACUACCAACGAAUACAUGCAAUUGAUUCCAAUAAUAUCUGCAGAUCAUCUGAGUAGUCACAAGUACCUGACUCAAAUGUAGUUCCUCUCAAGAACAAUCAAAUGAAUGUGUGCUGGCACCGUCCAAGCCAAAAGAGUUCAGCCUUUAUGUACAUAACCUUCAGAAUGUCAAGCAACGGAGACGAGGAGGGUCUGCCAUCUCUCAGCCGCUCCACGACGAUGGUCUCAUCACAUGUGUAAACAUCAAAGGUGCAACACGUGGUCUGUGCCAUCCUCCCACAUAGCAACAUCAAGAAGAAUGUGUUGUCAAAUUCCAAAAAGUCCAGCUGAGAGAAGAGGACAUCUUGGUGCCGGGGUCAGUGUGUGUCUCUCUCCCUCUGUGGGAACAGUUCACAUCACACCUCCGUGUCUGACUAAAUCAUAUCACUCAAUUUGUUCUAAUUAUCAUCAUUACCGCAUGCACGGAAGGUCAAGAGCCCGGUUGCAUAACAGCAACAUCCAGUGCUGGUACGUCAGUCGACCAAGAUUUUUCCUUCCUUUUUUUUUUUUUUUGAAUUUGUUCUGCUUUAUGAUUAUGUUUUAAUUGACAGCCAUAUUUCAUAGUUUACAAGUCUGAUGCAAACACGCAGCUUGAAUUUAAUUGGAAAUCUGAACAAUGAUUUUAACAGGAAUUUUUAAUGGCCAAAAGAAUUGGGCAUGUACAGUGUUGUGUUUUUACGGCUACUAGUGAAACUAGUGCUGAAAUGAGGGUCUUGGACGUAUGAAUGUUCUGGGUAAACCAACAGAUCUGUGCACCUUGAAAGCACAGCCAGGCUAUAGCUUUUCUCACCUCGUCAUGUGCCAUCAAGGCCAUACAGCUAAAACCAGAGUGUUAUCUCAGCAGUGUUAUUUGUUUACUGAAGGUAAAAGUUUUGUAUGCCUCUUUUUGUAUUGUUUUGUUUUCAGAAUCUCCAUUGUGGGUGUUUUUAUUUUUUUUUCUACUUUUCAUUUCUCUAAUUAAUCAGUUUUAGAAGUGGGGUUCUCGCCAAAAUAUUUGGUUUUAAUUUUGAUGGGUUUUUUUCUUUUAAAAUGAAAUUGGAGGGUUUUUCUAAAGUUUGUCGUACCUCUUUUCAUAGACUAGUGUUUCUUUUGUUGGGAUUAAGUUGUUGCUCAAGUCCCUUGACUAUAAAGUGUGGUGAAGUAGGGGGUGUGGCUUCAGUUGUCACCGUGUUACCUUGUUCUCCCUCGUUUUAAAGAGGAGCUACUCUAAAAAAUGUGCCUCCAAGAAGCACUGUUGAGCCAUUGAUGGGGAUUCAAAACAACAGACCUGGAGGUCUAUUAGGUCAUUUAAACCGCAUGUGCACUUGAAUGAUUAUCUGUCCGGUCACCCUGUUUUUAAUUUCACAUCUCAUCCUAUGUGAACUUUCGCUUUUGAGGAAAAGCAGCAUAUUGUGUGUUUGUAUUUCCAAGCAACACGCGAAGGUUCUCGUUCACUUGUAGAUCUGACUACACAAACCAAAGCACACUUUUUUCUCUCAAUCAUAUUCACAAAUGGUUACAGAAGCAUCUCUCAAGAGGCUUAAAUUAAGGGAAAAAAUGUUUUAUCAUCCUCCAUUCAUCGUGGAUUCUAUGAUCACAUCUCGUUUGUGUUUUCACAGAGGUGUGUAGUGUGUCUUUACCGAUUGUAAUGUACCUAACGAAGCCUUAGAUUACAGUUAAUGGGUCCCGGCCCAAUCAAAUGUACUUUCAAUCACCGUGCAGGUAAAGAACACCAAUGAUGUUUUAUAGUUCUGUCACGUGGCGCUUAUGAUCUCUUCUUUUUGUUCUUUCUCUCUGUGUAACAGUAACAAUUACUCUCUUAAAUUUCAUUGAACUUCUGUGUUAUGUACUACUUAAGGAUUUGAAUCUAUUUGAGGUAUGUAGUUGUAGAGUUUUCUUCUUUUUUUUUUUUUUUUUGCCUUACUAUAUAUUACUUGACGACAUUGAUAUAGCCGUAGUAGAUUUUGAGGUAGUAUGACAUUCAUAACUUUUUCAAACCAUAUAAUGGAUAAUGUGUUGAGUCAGUUUUAAAUAUUCACUUCAUUCAUAGAGCUGGAUGUCUUUUUCUUUUUCAGAUGAUGUUACAUUGUCAGUUCAUUUUGUGGAUGAAAGACUUUUUUGAUACAAGGAAUGAGAUCAGUUGAUUUGCUGCCACUGCAGAUGAAAAAAAAACAACUAAUGUUUUAACCAACUUAAAUUUUCCUUGUAACAUGUCAAGAUCAUGUUUGAAAAUAUAUUGUAUUGAAAUAUAGAUUGUCCAUGUUUUAGAGUAAAACUUAUUUUCUACUGUAUCCAUUUAAAAAAAAAAAAAAAAAAAAAAGAUAUGUACUUUUGUUUGAAUAUUUCUUAAGUUUGCCCUGAAUGUCAGGCCAAAACGAGCAGCGAGGUUGACGGGUCUUUGGAUGUGUGUUGGGUCGUGAGAUUGGCAGCGAGAAAGCAAAGACUUUCCCAGACCGGAGAGGUCGGAAAUGCUGCAGAUGAUGAGUUCUAACCUAAGGGACGAAGGUUGACUUUUUGCACUUCUGUAUAUAGUCAAAUGAACAGAGAAAAAAAAUGUGUAUCAUAUUGAGAUAUUAUUUUGAAUAAAAAAAAAAGAUCUAUAAUUAUAAGGAAUUUUGUUAGAUUAAUUUAAAUUCUUGAAUUAGAAGACCAGCUAAAAAAAAAAAAGCAAUUGCUUGCAAAGAAGGGCACCAGUUUCUUGGCCAAUGCAUUCAGAGAAAGCUAUGCGCUUUUUGUCUUAUUUUAUCAGUAGUAUUGCCAGGGAAUGUCGAAGGGGAAUAGAUACCCCCGCGUCAUGCUUACUCCACCCCUCCUGUGGGAUGACAUAUCCAUAUAUCAGUUGUUAGACUUGGUCAUGCAGUAUUGCUGCUCCCAUGGCACAGUUGAUACAUUAAACUUUCAAGAUGUGUACUCUAUUCUAAUUUGAUUUGACUGCAUGUAAAGGUAAAAACAUGUAAAUGCAAAUAAAACGCAUAGUUAUGUAAAGAAAGAUAACUCAUUCAGAUUACAGAAUACAUAGCAAUAUGUUGUGGGGGGGGGGGGGGGGUUACACAUACAGUAGAUAACAUCCACAGCAGGGAGAAAUAAUACUUCAAAAACAAGUCAUCUUACUCUUGUGUGAUAACAAUAUUUUCCAUGCAAACGUGUUAUUUAAAGAAUGAUCAAAAAUAUUAGCACUCAUCCACCCCCAGAUACUUUCUCAUAGCCAUAUAAUGACAGUCGACACUGACUCACGGGAAGCUCUUCCUGCUAUCACAGCUGUGCACUCAGCAGGCGAAGGCUUGCCGCACCAAAUGCGUAUUUGGAAAAUUAGUCUUUGAAAUGAAUGUACCAGUCGACCGGUCGCCGUGCUUCUGGCCGGAGGCUGCUGUGUUUAGUUGCUACAGAACCAAAGCACCAUUUUCUCCAGUCUGCUGGCUGGAGCCAUGGUUUCUCUUCCCUGCUGGGGGCACAUGUAUGCUUUGACUGCUUUUUACUUGUAAGUGCAACCAUCGAUUAUGUAUUUGCUAACAGUUGCCACACAAUAAUGUACUAUUCUGUCUUCAGAUUUGUUGAUGCACAUUUUAUUGUUGCCAUAAUUGACUCGAAAAUCUGAAAUCUGAAUAAAACAAUAUUUGAUUUGCUCAUGCAA